AUGCCUGAUGAUCUCUUAUGUGUUCGAUAUAGCCCUAAUCAGAAAUUGAUUUCCGUAGCAUUAUUAGACGCGACUGUCAAACUGACAAAAAUAUUAAAAUAUGAGGCCUCGAUUUUGGAGAUUGUCAUAAAUCAAUAUUCACACAUCAAGACAGUAUCACUUGUUCAUUUUGUCCAGGGUACACAUUAUUAUAUUUUCACAGCAAGCAAAGAUAAGUUGGUGAAAUAUUGGGAUGGUGAUAAGCUUAUUAAUUAUACGUUUGAAAAUAUUACGAAACUUGAAGGACAUCACGGAGAAGUAUGGGCAUUAGCAAUAAGUAAACGAGGAGAUUUAUUUAUUUCUGGUUCACAUGAUAGAUCAAUUAGAGUAUGGGAACAAACUGAUGAACAGCUUUUUUUGGAAGAAGAACGUGAGAAAAGAAGUCAACUUCAGCUGGAAAACAAAUCAUGGAACACUAAAAGCUGGAGAGCGCAUAUUAUAGAAGCAUUGGAUAUCGCUAACGAUAAUGCUACAGCUUGGGAAACCUAUUCUAAGCUUAAAGAGCGGGGACAGGAUCCUGGGCCACCACCAAAGCCCAAUCCUAUUCUUGUUACGCUUGGGAAUCUGACUGGAGACCAAUAUGUUCUCAGAACUAUUGAAAAAAUGAGGUCUUCAGAAUUAGAAGAAGCAUUAUUGAUUUGCCAUUUGCUAAAGUUAUUUCUUUAUUCCAAUAUUUGGACUUGUGGGCUAAAAAGGAUUUGUUGGUUAACGGUACUUAAAUAUAUUAAACGUGAUUGGGAAAACAAUAAUACAGCAGAAUUCUUUGAUGAUAUAUUUAAGAAUGAAGAAAUAAGUUCUGGAUCAUUAACAAAACGGAAAUUUAUAAAUUUGACAGUAUGA